AUGAACCUCCUCGCUGGUUACUCCGACUCGGAAUCCGACAGCGAGGCACCCUCUGCGCCUCAAGUCGCCGCCAAGCUCGCCUCGAAACCCGCCUUUCAGAAAGUCGUCGACCGCUCCAACCCAGGACGAAUCAAAGUCAAUCUCCCAGGCGCAUCGCAGUCGCGACAGGACAAGGAUGACAUUCAGAGAGACGCGCCGCCUGCGAAAAAGCCACGCCUGGGAGGAGGAUCGUCGUUUGCUGGUUUCAAUGCGAUGCUGCCUGCGCCAAAGAAGCCCAAUCUGAAUGCCAUCGCAGCGGCCGAGGGCGCAAAAGCUGGGAGCAGAGGGCUCGGCAAAGGGCUCGCGUCAGGUGUCAGCUUGAAGACCGGUGCUGAGCCUGCCUUUAAGCGGGAGCCAAGAGCGGAUACCGAAGAGUACGACGAGACUGGGAAUCCAAUCAAAAAGGAGCCGAUGAACAAGGACGACUUUAGGGCCAUGCUGAAUCUGCCGCCUCCAAAGUCACAAGCAAAGCCGGAUACCAAACCGGCGUUGCCAGCACAAGACACAAAGGUGGAGUCGGAGCCGCAGCAAGCACCGAAACCUGCGGCGCCGCGUUUCGUGCCCAUGUCUGUGGGCAAAGGAAAGAAGAAGAAACCAGUAGUGCCUCGCCCAGCGCUUGCGUCAACUGAGGCAGCCGGCCCAACAGGCCCAACAGUGUUGACACCACAACCACCUGUUGUAGAAACAAAACCGCAAAAGCCAAAAGUCUCCCUUUUCGGCGUAUCAGGUGGUGCAGAGCCUGCAAGCAAGGCGUCAUCGGAUGGAGAAUACCAACCACUGCUGUACGGGGCGGAACAAGACGAGGAUGCGCCUGUGCCCGAUGCGGCCUUUGACGGACAUUCGACAAAUUACACCACUCAGUAUGCAGCACCGUCCGCAAACGCCCCAGCUGGUAAUGGCCUCACAAACAUUGCCUCGGAGCUCAAUCUCUCGGAAGCCGAACGGCGCCAACUAUUCGGCAAAAAGGGUCGCGGUGGACCGGACUUCUCAGGCGCAAAGAUAGUCGAAUUCAAUACCGACGAGGAGUACGCACACAAUGAACGGCUGCGACAGCAGGGCGAGGCAGUAUCGCACAACCCGCUUAAGUCCAUUUCUGGUACUGGAAAGAACAGUCUUCGCAGCUUGGUCAAUGUUGCGACUACGCAGAAAGAUGCGCUCGAGGACCAUUUUGCUGCGAGUGCCCGGAAUAAGAGGGAGGCGGGUAAUCGGUAUGGAUGGUGA